GUCCCCUUGUCGGCUGAGAUAGGCCAAGGCUGAGUGAACACACCUGUAUUGAUUUAGGCCUGUCGUCGCACAGGUAGACAGACGACUACGACAGUCUUCUCUGGUGAAACGAAAUAUGGACGGUUCACCCAACAAGUCGUCGGGGUUGCCUAUAGAUCUUGAGGGAAGUCUUGACCCAGCUCAACUCCCUGAUGUCACCUUAGGCAUGUCCUCAUUUGAACCCAACACUCCAAAAAUGAGCAAGCCCAGCCACGGGCGCAUCUCACCUGUGAGAGGUCGUACGAUGAAGGAAUACGACCAGUCUCAUGAUGAUUGUUUGCAGCAAAUAUCUGAGCUCAAGAAGGAGAACUUCAACUUGAAGAUGAGGAUCUACUACAUGGAGGAGUGGAUGAACCAAAGAUAUGGAGAUGGCCAGGAUGUUUUCAGAACGAACAUUGAACUGCAAGUGGAAAUUGAGAAUUUGAAGAAAGAGCUCACUGAGAAGCAAGUCAUAGUGCACAAAGCUGCCUUGGCGAUGGAGACGCUGACAACCAAUCAGAAGCAGGCGGAAGAAUCGAUGCGCAGCAGAAUUCUACUUGAGCAGAAGGACGCCAUGGACAAACUGAGAGACCAGCUGGAGGAUUCUGUGAAGAACUGUGACAAGUAUGCGAAAGAAGCAGAGGAUGCAAAGAAAAGAAUGGAAGCUCUGAAGCAACAGCUAGAUGAUGGCCUGGCUGACCUGUCCAACGCUAACAGGGCAAAGGAGGAGCUGGCGAGCAAAGUGAAGAACUCAGAAUUUGACGUGCAGACCCUGACCGCCCAACUCAAGUUGUCAGAACAGGCCCGUCAGGACCGGGACAAAGAGAACGGCAUGCUGGGACAGCGCAUCAAGGACCUGGAGGAGCAGAUACAAACGGCUCGGAAACAAGUCUCUCGCCGGGACAGAGACGUGCUGAAUCUCUCCACCCGUCUGCAAGAUCAGUUGCAUGUUGACAGCACAGCCCUGCUUGAGCCAAUUCAUUUGAAGGAUGAGAUGGAAGAUCAAAAGGAGAAACUGGGGAAGAAAUGUGCUGAGAAUGAAAACCUGAAGGCCUCACUUGGCAAUAAAGACGACGUCAUUGGGAGACUUGAAGAUGCCCUUAGCAAUAUGGAAGCUGAGAAGAAGGCUGCUGACGCUGACAAGGAACGUGCGGAGACUGCACUGGAGGAAAAGAUUGUGAUACUCAACAGAUACAAGAAGAGUGUUGAGGGAUUAUUGAAGACAGUGCACGAAAAGGAUAAAAAGUGUGAAAAGGCGCAGACACUGCUGUCGGAGGUGCAGCAGGAGGUGAAGAGACUGCAAGAGGCUUUGAGGGAUGCUGAAAUGGAGAAGGCCAAAGCCCAGGGCUGUCAGAGGGAAGAAGAGGACAGAGGAAACCUACUGCAACGCCAGCUGGCCGAGGUCAAUGACUCCGUUGAGAACCUGAUCAAGUCUCUGGGCAAGAAGGAGGGAGAGCUGGCGGGCUUCCAGGAGCAGCUGGGGAAAGCCAUGGAUGCUCUCAACAAGAGUGAGGAGGCAGUGGAGGCGCUUCAAACACAGCUGAAGGCAGAAAGGGCUGAUUUUGACAACAGGUUGAAGGAACAAGCUCUACAUUUCCAGAUUUCCCUGAACAACCAGUCCGGAACCUCCCCAGAGAUGGAAGGACUGAGGCAGCAAAUUGCUGACUUACAGAAGCUGAUUGCUAAUCAGAAUGUGGAGCUGUUGACACUGGCGCGGGAGAAGGACGACAUUGGCAGACUGAGGGAAAGGCUAAAGGACAGAGACAGAGACAUCGAUUUGCUGGGUGCAGAGCACAGAAAGGAUCUCGAGAACUUGAAGAAUGAAAUCCAAGCCUUGAAGGCUGAGAGCAAUGGCAAAGACAUGAAAAUUGAGGCCCUUGAGAAGCACCGUGCCUGGAUGGAUGAGCUCAACAAGGACACAGUACAUAACUUCAACCACAGCUUCCAUCACGACUUCCACGGUGGCUGGAAUGCUCCUCCCAAUGUGUCCACGGAUCUGCUUCGUGACCUUAAGGCUCUGAUGGAAGUAAUGAGGAGGGAGGUGUCUUCGCUCUCUUCUCUCCAUCCGCACCUUCAUGGGGAGGGCCUAAGGGCUGACAUCCUGCUGUCUGAGAUCGCCUCUGUACAGAGCAUCUACAAGCAGCUGGAGGAGGGUGUGGAGAAGAACAGCCGGCUACACCAGGUCUUGCUUACCUCAAUCAGGGGAGACAACAGACAAUCGGACAGCCCAGACAGCAACAGUUGCCAAGACGGAGGCUACAACCUGGUGUCACCCACACAACGACAACAGCAACAGCAGCAACAACAACAGCAACAACAACAGCAACAACAGCAACAACAGCACCCCGUGACGGAAGUGCUCACCUGUGACGCAGACUCCACAUCACUACAUCUGAACAACCUGGGCCUCGACGUUGGAGUGCCUGGAGGGGGAGCAGAAACGAGACUUCAGCUCGUUGAGGGAAAGACGGGAGUCGGGGCGGAUGUGAGUGGUUCAUCAUCGCUAUCACCAUCAUCAUUAUUGGCCAGGGGGUCAAAACGCUCACCCACGACUCUGGUGCCUUCUGGUGCUGGCUCCACGUCUGUUGAGGCGGGCACUGACGUGACUGACCGCUCCUUGCAGGCGGGUUCAGCUCUCUCUCAGGUGGACCAGUGGGUACAGACACCCAGAUCUGCUGAACCAGCACGCUCAAGUUCUGCAAGACCCACGGCCGAUCUGAGCGGCACUGAGCUGCAUCGCUGGGUGGAUCAACGGCAGCAGCGACUGCAGACUGACUGCCCACAGGGGAUAUUGAGGGAGACAAGUUCAAAAUCUCUUCCCAAGAUUGCUGGCUCAGAGGACAGUCUCACCGAUGACUUGAAAGGAGAGAACAAGCUACACCAACGUCACGCUGAGACCACUGACGACUACUUGCACUUCCGUCGUGGCAUAUUCUUUGAGGACGAUAACUUUGAGUCUCGUCAGCAGGAUCGAGCUUCCAGCGUGAGGCCUGACUCUCACCCGCACUCUUGGUCUGCCUCUGGUUCUCUCUCCAGUGGGGAUAGCAGGAGGGUAACAGAUCAGGCCAGCUCGGCCCGCUUGUCUGCUGGUCAUAAGUCGGACCCUGUCCUUGCUGAUCAGUUUGGCAGAGACUCUACUGACGGGAAUGGACAUAUCAGCCGUGCCUUAGGGCUUUCAUCAGACAGUCCUGGUAAGGCAAAUAGAGCUGCAGAAUCUACGCAUGAGGUCAGCAGUACUUCUUGCAGUACUCCGAGAAAAUCUACAUCGUACCUACUAGAUUUGGGCCAGAAAGAACCGCAAUUUGCAGCUCAGGUUGGUGUUGGAGAAGGGGGAGUUGACUCGGGUGGUGGUGUUGUUCAGAACUCAACAAAUUCGGAUUUCUGGGCGGAUUUACUGCCAGCCACAUCGGGGUCCUACCAGGAUGUGAAGGGAUCUUCUUUUGUGAAUGGAACUAGUAGCUCUUUUGGGCCUACCUUAGAUGGUGUGGAGAGGACAAAGUCGCGGUAUCAGCGCUCACCUUGCCGAAAUGGUGCCAGCAAUGGCGAGAAUUCUGUCGUGUCUGUGGGUGAGGGGGCUGCCACAGGGGUAGAAGAGGAGGAGGAGGAGGACUGGAGAAAGGAAAAAGGAAGAGAAGAGGAGGAGGAGGAAGAGUCACAGUUGCAGAGAGGUGCAGAAAGGGGAAGGGGCAGCCGGCGCAACAGCUGGGCGGAUGAGCUCGAGCAGUACAGAGUGACCAUUACUGGCCAGCACUUGGAGGAACAGGGCGCGGGUUUGGACGCUGCAGAGCAGUCCACAGCACAGAAAACUGGCCUUCCCCUGGGCACCAUGUCGGCGGUGGAGCUGCGGGAGCUGGUAGCUCAGCUACAGAUGGACUUGGUGGAGUCGGUCAAGAACAACCACCGGCUGCGGAGAGAGCUGGAUGACCAGCAGCAGCAGCAGCAGCAGCAGCAGCAACAGCAGCAGAGAAGUGGUGAACACGGACAGUUGAUGCGGAAGGACAACGACUUGUUAACAAACGGGUCAACCAGGAUGACAAUGGACAGAGACUUGGAUGGCAGGCCAGAAGCACUGCCCAUGGUGAACGGCUUUAGCAAAUCUAAUGGCGUUAACAGCAAGAAGAGUUUAAUCCCUCGACUGGCAACGGGCUCAGGCAAACAGUCGUCAACCACCAGCACUGCCUCUGAUGACUCUGACAGUACUGGCGGUCAGCACAGCUCUCGCCUGGACUCACACAGACUGAUUAAAGAGCUGAUGGACAAAUUGACUGCCACAGAGAACACUGUGCGCCAUUUGUCCAAGAAGAACAAGGCUUUUCUGGCAGCCCUGGAGUCGGCGGGCCUGGCAGAUACUGUGCUGCAGCGCUCGAGCAGCGAGACGUGUCUCAGCGGCCUGGGUGUGUCACCGUCGACGAUGGGUCGCUUGACUCGCGGCUCAGGCACCGGGUCUGUGGGCAGCCUGGACACUCUGGCGGCCGGUGACCACCACAGGGAUGCCGGUACCGGCUCACCGAGACGCCACUUAACAUCUCCUGGAAAAAGAGGGAGAUCACCGGUGGCCAGCAGCAAUGGUGAUUCUGUUGAGCUUUCCAGAAAGGCGUCGUAUUCACAAGGGAGCUCGACUUUGUUCCCUGGUGUUAGCCUCUCACCAGUUGGACACAGCCGUCACUUCACUACUUCCAGCACGACAACCAACACUUUUUCUUCAGACGCAAACCACAGCCCUUCAAAUUUGCAUUCAAGAGAGAAUCCUGAGAGGAACAGGGAGGUUCAGCGCAAUUCAGAGCGAUCGAGCCAGGUAGCUGGAGAGGAUGUGAAGGGACAAGGUGGUCAGAGAAGUCCUUCUCGUCGGCAGCAGAACUAUCGAGUGUCCUGGCUCUCGCCUAGUCGGGAUGGCGCCUUCAGUCAGGAUGGAAAUGGUGCCUUUGAUGGAAAUGGUGCCUACUGUCAUGAUGGGAACGGCACAGUCAGAGAGAGUUUGGGGGGUCGCUCGAUCAUAGGGGACGUCAGCCGGCUGGACGCUAGCGCUUUCCCUAACACAACCCUCCACAGCUUCCUGGACGCAACGCUGGUCAACAGGACCCUGGCCAAUCUAUCUGCUCUUGUGGAGGAUACCAGCAACUCCACCAACCUGGGCAUGAACAAAAACCAGCUGCAGGUCAAAGUUCAGUACUUAGAGAGCAUGAACAUCACCCUGCGGGAGGAGAUGCGUCUGCUGGAGGCUCUGCAGCGCAACUCGACAGCCUCGCAAGUGUCGCCGUCACUGAGUAAAGACUCGCUCAUAAAGGACACACCUGGAGAGGAAAACCACCGUCAAGGUGAGGAUGAUAGUGAGGGAGGUUACCCGCUUGGGUUCAACAUCAAUGACGAUGAGGAGAGCCUGUUAAGACAGCACCUGGCUGAGAUUAGACGACUACGACAGCGGCUUGAGAAGCUAGACAUAGGCAAAGAUCCCGAGCAGCUGCUGAUCUUCCAGUCUCACUUCCAGCAGCGUAUCACACACCAGGAGACCAUGAUCUCCAGGCUGCAGCAGCAGCUUCAAGAGAAGGAGGCGACGUGGCAGCGGGAGAUGCUGGAGACUCAGCACAGGCUGGCGAGAGAAAAGAAUUCCAGAGUGGAAGAACUUCAACAUGCAAUUUCCCAGCUUGAGAAAAGCAUCACAGGCCAACAGACGCAGAUAGAAGAAUCAGAAAAAGCAGCGGCAGAACUCCGGUCGCAGCUGUCCUCCAGUGAAGAUAGAGAGAGCAAACAGGAGGAGGAAGUGAAGAAACUGAAGGCGGAGAGAACCAAGCUGCAGACCUACAUGUCCAAGAAAAACCAGGAGUUUCUGCAGCUGCAGGAUAGUAUGGAGCAGAGUAUCUCGGAGCUUUGCACAAAGGUGGAAGAGCUCAAGCUUCAGCUGAGAGAUGCAGAUGACCGGGAGAGAAAGAAGGAAGAAGAGACGAAAAAACUCAUGUCUGAAAAAUCAGAGCUGCAGUCAGACUUGCUAAAGAGGGACCGGGACUAUCUGGAGCUGGAGGAGAGUGUGUUCAAGUUGGAGCUGGCAAAGGAAAGUGCAGAGAAGGAAGGGAGGAGGCUGCAGGAGGAGAUGGGGGAGAAAGAGAAGGAGAACUCAGGCCUAAAGAGAGAUAUAGAGGAGUACAAGGAGAGCUCUCGCUGCCUCAAGGAGAUUGUGGUGAAGAGGGAGAAGUCACUGCAGGAGAAAGUACAGAUCAUACAGAGAGUUACCAGCGAAAAGUCAUCAAGCGAGCGCCGUGUGGGCGAGCGAGAUGACCAGGUGAAGCGUCUAGAGGGAGAGAUUGACCGUCUGAGACAAGAUAUGAGCCAGCAGAGACAGUGGAAAGAUGAGUGCAGUAAGCUGGAGGUUCAAGUCUCACAGUGGAAGGAGGACAGUCAGAAGGUCUCGGAGACCUUAAAAGAAAGGGAGGCGAAGCUACAAAAGCGAGACCGCCAGGUGGACCACCUGCUCUCACAGUACAAGAAGCUGGACGCUGCCUACCUGAAGCUGAGAUAUGCUCUGAAAGAAAAGAUUGAGCUGGCCAAGUCCCAGAAGCGACAGAUAGACUACCUGUCUGCCAUGGCCAAGUGUUCCAGCCUGCGUGUGGAGACGUACGAUCUAGGUGCCAUGGGCAGCUCCCCUGGGGGGAUGACCACCACCACAACCAUCACCACCUCCAGUGCUUCAGAGUCGGCCUUUAGCGUAGGUCAGAGCGACGGAAUUCCAGACCCAACCUUCAGUGACUUUGGUUCCCCGCACGUACACCGAGCUGACGUGCCCACCCCUCCCCUGUCCUCCCUGGCCCCUGUGUCCAGUAGUCACAUGAUGAUGUCACCGAACUCGCCAUCUACCGUCACGUCACCAGGUGGCAGUGUGGCCAAUGCCACCCCCACCAAAUCAAAACAACAUGCUGACUUUGAGAUGCCCUCCGCAGGUGGUAUGAGCCCCAGUGGCCUGAGUGGCGAGGUGCGCAGCCUGUUUGCUGUUCUAAAGCUGGAGAGUCACGAAGUUCUGCGCAAACAAGCGGACGAGGCGCUGGUGUCGCUCAGUGGGAUGGAGGCUCGCAUCACUGACCGGCUCCGCACGCUCAAGGCUAAACCUGUCUCUGAGAGACUAUGGAGUGUGGAAUACAGUACUCUGCGGGAAGUGUCGUUGUCUUGCAGCAACCUGCGCGUGUGUCUGCAGGAAGUGUCUCGCCUCGUCUCCACCGCCUGGAUCACAGAGUUGCCCCCCGUUGACUCGAGAGGGCACUUCUAUGACCCAGUUCUCGCUGAACAGAAGGAGAACCUGCAGCAUGAGCUGACACGGCUGAGGUCUCGCAACGACAUGCUGGACCACACGGUGAAGGAACAGCAGGGCCGGCUCAAGGCUCAGAACGACAGACAGAAGCACUGGGAGGCCUCGCUGUACCGACAGUAUGAGAUUUUCGUCAAGCGCAUGCACAGUCCGUCCAACAUGAAGCUGACACACGUAGUUCAGCAUGGGUUGGUUGGGAGUGCUGUGGACAGUAACUGUGUGUGCUCAGCUACACCUACGUUGGGCAAAACGACCUCGGACCUGGAGCAGGCUAAGGAGAACAUCGACACGUCGCUGAGACCGCUGCCCCUCCCCACCCAGACGACGACUGCGGCAGGCUCCGCUCAGACGUUCGGUACCCACAGCACUCCCCGCACCAGCCCGCUCAAGCCUCGGUUUGACCAGUUGUGAGUGACGCCGCGACGUCUACGAUCACCCGCAGGGCCGACCGGGGGUCCUUCCUAGUCCGUUGAUUGCGCUCGUCUGUGUUGAGUCGACGUAAAUCUCAGUCAAAACAUUAAUUCACAGUUAAUUAUAAUUAGACUGAUUACUUAGCUUGUCAAAUGAAAUUUAUCUACUUGUCUAAAUCCUAAAUCCCCCCAAAAAUGUUAAUGAUUGUACAAUUGUCUUGGCUGGUCAGUGAAGCUUGACUACACAAGAUACAAAACUUUGUCUUCGUGACUUAGGCUGUGUCUGGUGUGUCCAGGUCUUUUGUUUUACCCUGGAGGCCAUUUUCUUCUUCUGCUUUAUUUGAUGCAACUGCAACCUAUCUUGACAUUGAUCAAAAAGGUGUCUAUGUUGCUUGUAAUUAAUUAUUUUUUCAGGCCUCAGCCUUUUUUGCACAUUGGAAAGGCAUUUAUGAGCUUUCAUAGUAAGGCAUUUGCUUCUGUAGUGCAUUUUAUAGAAUUCCUUCCUUGUAAUCAAAAGACUUUAGUUUGAUUACCUUAUUGGGAUCAUAUCAAGUGCCUCCAUCUCUCUGCAAGGAAUUCGCGUCCCAUUUAUAUGGUUUUGGAAAUAUGCAAGGUUGAAAAAAGCUCUCCUUAUUGAUGUAGACUAUGGUGAUUUACCACAAGAAAAAUGUUUACAUCAACAUUCAUGUUUUAACAAGUGUAGUUAGUUCUUUUGCACAAGACAAUUUGCUCUCUCAGAAUUACAAGUUUAUAUCUGCUCAGGACCUAGUUCUGAGAAAUUUGACGUCAAAGAUUUUAAGUUUCACAUCAUUGUCAAGCAUUUUCGAAUGCAAUUCUUUUU